UUCAGGUAUUUUCGACUACUUAGUUAUUUUUCAAUAGAUAAAAUGAAGAUGUCCAAAGUUACUAUCUUCCUCUUUCUGGUGGCGAUCUUUGCGGCUGUGUCAACGGAACCUACUGGAGAUGCCGAACCAGUUGACACAGAAGAAUUGGUCCAGCUUUACGACGGGUCAGUGAUAAUGCCGCGAGUGACGUGCGACCUGCUUUCCGGGUUGGGCUGGGCGCACACGUUCUGUGCCGCACACUGCAUCUUCAAGGGAUACAAGGGAGGGCGGUGCGAGAAGGGAGUCUGCCGCUGUCGGAACUGAGUCUGCAAUACCUAUACUCCCUAUACUCUACCGCCGCGCACUGGAGGACCGUCGGUAUAAAAGCAAGUGUUUGUUUUAUUCGCUAAAAAGAGAGAGAAAUAAUGCACAGAGUAGAGUGUUUAGAUAAGUUACAAAUGUACUAUGUACCUAUUUCUAAUAUA